GACACGCACAUUAACCCUUUAUAAAGCAUCAGCUGUUCCCUAAGUCACUUGUGUAUUGGACUGCACAUCGAUGCUUUGUGUACUAUUAGUGGCUGUAUAAUGUUACUCUAUUAGAUGGGGACUGCUUCCAGGAACUGUUUACUUUUCCAGGGCAGGGGUUCUAUAUUUGGAAGGCUGACAUGGGAGGUAUGGGAUGUUCAGGGGAGGAGGGCACAGGAAAGGAGGUGCCCAUGAAUCACCAGACAUCAUAUGUUUUGUUAUGUUCCCUUCACUCUCUUGUUGCUAGGAGACUGAUUGGGGGAUAGUAUGUAACAGUGUAAUGUCCUUAUUUCUGAAUGAGCCUUGAGAUCUGCUCCAGUCUUCUGCAGGAUCCUGGAUGGUGAAUACACAGGGAAGGAGGAGGCUGCUGCCCACAUCACCAUCAUCAUCAUCACAGCAGGUCAGAUAUUUAUACCGGGCGCUGAUCACACAGGGUCACACUGGGGUGAAGGUGAACAAUGGCUGACCGUCAGACGCCUCAUCUGUAGAUCCCCUAUGAGAAUUCUUCAAGUGUUCAGUAUGAAAACAGAGAGUCCUGGAAAGACUGAGAAUUCUUGAAGACAAGGAAUUUUAUUAUUACGUAGCACAGAAUACUUCAAGAACUACAGUAUACAGCUAGAUAGUCCUGGAAAGACAGAGUCUAUGAAGACAAGGAAAUAUACCAGUGGAGACGAUUAAUAAGAAGGCAUGCAGAUCCGGCAGUGACGUAGUCCAAGGAGGAAAGUUGCCAAAACGUUCAAUGUGUUUAGCACCCAACAGGAAAGAUGAGGUUAAAAUGGAUCCUUCUGAUAGAACGUCUGCUGAUUCUGUCAUGCAUCCCAAACCAGAACAAGCCCCCCAGGAGCGAGGAGGCACCAACAAACUGUACCUCAUUGCUGCAAUACUUACCUGGUUGAUAACCGGUACCACCAUCUCUAGUCUUAACAAAUGGAUAUUUGCCGUUUACAACUUUAAGUACCCGUUGUUACUGUCGUCGCUUCACAUGCUCACAGCCAUUCUGUUGGACUAUCCAAUUCUCAGGUUUGGAUUGAUCCAGGAUAAAACAGAGGAAGAACUUCCCCUGAAUACUGGUGCUCGCUUUAAAGUGUUCCUAUUGAGCGUGACAUUCUGUUCCAGCAUUGCCUUUGGGAAUCUUGGACUGAGCUGUGUUCAGCUUUCUUUUGCACAGAUGAUUUACACAACUACCCCUAUCUUCACCUUGGCUCUUUCAAAACUUUUCCUGGGCACCAAACACCAUGUCCUAAAAUAUACUGCCAUGAUACCUAUAUGUCUGGGAGCUUGUUUUAGUAUUAUUGGAGAGGUGCAAUUUGACCAGACUGGAUGCAUCUACCUUUUUGCAUCAACGUUUCUCAGGGGGCUGAAAUCCAUACAGCAGAGUUUCCUCCUCAAAAAUGAAAACAUCCAUUCAGUGACACUGCUGUACCUGAUGUCCAUCCCCAGUUUCUGUAUCCUGCUCUUGGCUGCGGUGCUGCUUGAGUGGGGGGUGGUAUGGGAGAGCCCACCUGACUGCGACAACAGACUGUGGCUCUUCAUCCUUCUCAGCUGCUUGGGAUCGGUCCUAUACAACCUUGCAAGUUUCUGCGUCAUCACACUUACCUCUGCUGUCACCAUACACGUACUAGGCAACCUCAAUGUGAUUGGGAACCUUGUCUUGUCCAGGGUGGUCUUUGGAAGCCAUUUGACAUUUCUCAGUUACAUGGGCAUUGGUCUGACUUUGGCUGGAAUGUUUAUAUAUCAUAACUGUGAUUUUAUAGCUGGAUACAUUGGCUCCAGACGGUCUCUCCAUGCCACAGAAAAACGUGUCAAGACUGACUAGAUCCUUCAUGCCAAGAACUUUCCUACUAAACGGUGUAUUGAGGUCUCUGCAAGGAAUAGAAUGACUUCUGAGUGCCAAUCCAGCGUGAAGACGUCAGAUGUCCACCUGGCAUCUAAACAUUUCUGAAGAUUUUAUCAGGCCAUCUAGAGGGCACCAGUGACUGAAUGUUUCUUUCGAGAAACGGUGUAUUAAUUUAAUAUUAGCUCUUUUAUUUGAAUUCACUCUGGUUUUUCAGAGGAAUAAUAUAUUUUCUUAUCUGUACUUCAUGCAAUAGUGUUCAGUACUGAACACCAUGUUAUUAUACCUGGAAAACAGCCAAAACAUACUAGCCAGCUGACUGCACCCUGCCCUGGUGUAACUUGAUGGGCAUAUGUCUUUCUGUACUAACUGUAACCAGUACAUGUGAUGUGAUGCCUUCAUAACUAAAUAUAGCACACAGUAUAUUGAUAUUAGGGAGGGAAUUUGUUGUGUGUCUUAUUACCCACUAUAAGAUAUUGUGUAUCAUCAGUCUUUUACAAAGGGGAAACUGGCAAAAAGUAAGGGGACCUCUCAGGUGCUUCAUUUUGGCCAAACCAUGGGCACCAUAAAACAUGCAUAGGCUCCUUUACUACAGUGAGCUAGGACACUCUCAAACAAUGCAAGAAGAUUAGGGCAUAUCAUCAAGGAGGCUUCUCUCUGCCAGCUUCUCCCCAUCCUACUUGGCUUGACUGACAAGUCUCUCCUUAUUUAUGUAAAGAGAGAGACCUUUCAAAGAAGCCUAUUGGGGAGAGCUUGAAGGAGAGCCAGCCUCCUUGUGUUUAUAUGCCGUUCCCAGUCUAUCGGUAAACUAAGAUUCCUCUGUAACACCGCAGCAUUACAGAGUAAACUCAUAGUACAAAGGGUACAGGCAGUAUGAAGCACCUAACAUGUUCCCUUUUAAGAGUCACUGUCGUGAAGUGGGCGCCUUUAUUUAAAGGUGAUGUCCACCUCAUUUUAUUAAUUGCUUCAAUGCAUCCAAAGUGCAAUUUAGGAAUAGUCUUCAUUAUAAAUAGCUUACUAUUUUGUGGCCUUAAAGGAGUAUUCCAGCGCAAAAUAAUUUAUCCCCAAUCCGAAGGAUAGGGGAUAAGUUAUAGAUUGCGGGGGGUCCGAGCGCUGGGGCCCCCCGGGAUCUCCUGGACGGGACCGCGGCAGUCUGCUGGAAGGGGCGUGUCUGCCGCCGCGUCAUGCGUGGACAGAACGCCCCCUUUCCAGCAUACUGCUGCGGCCUCGUCCAGGAGAUCCCGGGGGGGGGGCCCCAGCGCUCGGAACCCCCCUUGAUCUAUAACUUAUCCCCUAUCCUUCGGAUUGGGGAUCAGUUAUAUUGCACUACAGAUGUCCUUUAAAGGGGAACUCCAGUGGAAACAUGUGGAAAACAAAUGUUUUCAAAUCAACUGGUGCCAGAAAGGUAAACAGAUUUGUAAAUUGCUUAUAUUAAAAAAUCUUAACCCUUCCAGUACUUAUCAGCUGCUGUAUUCUACAGAGAAAAUUGUGUGGUUCUUUUCAGUCUGACCACAGUGCUCUCUGCUCUGUUCGUGUCAGGAACUGUCCAGAUUAGAAGCAAAUCCCCAUGGCAAACCUAUCCUGCUCUGGACAGUUCUUGACAUGGACAGAGGUGUCAGUAAAGAACACUGUGGUCAGACUGGAAAGAACUUCACAAAUUUGUCUGUAGUAUAUCUGUAGCAUACAGCAGCUGAUAAGUACUGGAAGGGGUAAGAUUUUUUAAUAGAAGUAAGUUAUAAAUCUGUUUCACUUUCUGCCACCAGUUGAUUUGAAAAAAAAAUUAUCACCGGAGUUCCCCUUCAACUCCUAUGCAGAUCCUUGCAUCUCUGUGCCAACAGACUACACAACAAACCUUGUUCAUGCAGUUAUGCAAUUGUCUGUUCGCGAUCAAAUACCUCAGAUGGGUUAAGGGUGCUGUCCUAUCUCCUUACUUUCUGCUUUUUUAGUGGCCGUAAGUGGUUGGGAAAGCCAAAAGCAGCUGAAGCAGGGAAGUUAAGCAAUUUGUGCAUCUCCUAUUGACUUUAAUGGGAGUUACACAAACUGAGUAGCCCUGCAACUUACACUAGUUACGUAAACAGAGUAGCCCAUGGGGCUACGCCAUUUGUGCAAUUCUCAAUAAAGUCAGUAGGAGCUACACAGAUUGCGUAUUUUCCCCACUUCAGCUGCUUUCGGCUUUCCAGACUACAUCCAGCCACUGCAAACAGGCCAGAGGAGCGGGAAAAAGCGCAAGUAAGGAGAUGGGACAACCCCUUUAACCAAAUAGGUUUUGUUUGUAGUCUGUUACCAUGGAGACACAUAGCUCCGCCAAGAAGCUGUAGUAACAAAACCAUAGGAUAUUUCUUAGAACAUUAAUAGUGAAGAAGCUUCACCAGUUUCAGGAGAGGAGGAUAGUUGCUAGUCCCAUUAGAUAGAGCCAGGAUUUCAGAAAGUAUAAAAGAGGCCUCAUGAUGGGGAGAAAGUGACUUUUUGUUCUUUUGUGCUAUAAAUAGCAAUGUUUCCAUAGUUCUGCCCUAUAGCACAAGUGAAAGCACAAUGUUUAAUUCCAUACGCUCUUAUUCUAUUUGCAUUAAUGCAUUCAUAGGAAAAGGUUACUAUUUAUAGACAUUUUAUGUCAGCUGAAAAGUAUAUUCAUUAUUUUGUAUAAUAUCUAUGAACCCAUAUUGAAGGCAUUGUGUUUUCUCCUGGAUGUCAGCUCAGCAAACUUGCCUAUUGGUAAUGUUAUUAUUUUCUCACUUGUUUUGUUCUCCAGGUACAAGCAUGUUUGAACUGUGAUUAUUUCUCAAAAUGCAAUGAGAUAUAUUUUAUUAUUAAGCAUCCUGUUCUUAUUGAAGUUUCCGUGGAAUAGUUUUCUCCUACCAGUGUUACUGUAUCCAGCCCCGUAGUUUAUGAUAAAUUGUCAGUGCACAAAGAAUCAGUAAGUGUCUCAUUUUUCAUCUGCAGACACACUUCAUACAUUACUGUAUAUUCCUAUAUUGUUUAAUGAAUAUCACAUCUGAAUCAAUAAUAUAGUUAUGAGUUCUCUUACAGUAUAGAAACUCUGCUAUUAUGUAGUAUGUUCUAAAAACAUUAAAGGGAUAUACCGAUCUGAGCAUGUUAUUCC